CUACAGAAUAAUAGUGUAAACACGACCUCACUGUUCUUGUGACAGAGACAUCAAUUUUCUUUGAAAACAGAGCAGAAUUUCCCAACCUAAAAAGGAAAGCCCUCGAUUGCUAAGAUCAAUUUUGCUGAUCCAUUGGAGGCAACUAGAAUCUCAAGAAACAUUCUUCGAAUUCUGGGUUUUUGCUAGAGUGGGAGAUUAUAGAGAUAUAUAUAAUAUAUAUAUAGAGAGAGAGAGAGAGGAGAUGAUGCGAUGGAAACGAAGUUGAAGAAGAAAACAGAGGAAGAAGAUGGCGAGGGCAGAGUGGGGAUACAAUGAGAGAAGCAAAUGGUGUUCGUACAAGCGCACCACUGUCCUUAUUUGUACAAUUAACAUCGGUGUUGCUCUCUAUGUUCUUCACUCUCUGUAUAGUUCGCUUUACAUCUACACUUACAACGAUACACAAAGUGCUUUUAGGUACACCCCAGAUCAGGUUAGGAAAAUGGAAGAAUCAAUUCGAAUACGAAAGGCAUCGGAACCUAUAGAACUUGUUAAAUUGGUGAAAGAAAUCAAGGAGGGAUUUUUAAGUGAAGAAAAGAUUAUUGAAUUGCCCCAGCACUUGAAACAGAAGAUAACGGAUGAGAUUCUGGAAAGGUUGAGGGGCUUAAAUGCUAACGCAAGUUCGCGUGAGCAGCGAGAAGCUGUUGAAAGCUGGCGCAAGGAAAAACUAGAAGAAACCAAACAAUUGAUGAGUGAUAAAACCUUGAAUUCAACUAUUCUACCUGAGGAAGCCGGGAUGCUAGCAAGAGUUCUGGAGUCCCGUUGGGAUCAGCUGUCUGAAGAAAUUGGACUUUGGAUACCAGUUGAAGUCAUUACCAAGGAACAUGAUGACAAACCGGAAGGCGCAGAGGAGUUUGAUGAAGAGCCAUUGCCUGGCAGGCAACUUCCUCCUGAAUGCCAUACCGAACUUCAUACUGAUUAUGGUGGUGAUGCUGUCAGAUGGGGCCUGACCCACCAUAAAGAAAGUGCAUAUGACUGUUGUCAGGCUUGCGUGGAUCAUGCUAGACGUGCCAAACCAGAAGAAAAGAAGUGCAAUAUAUGGGUUUAUUGCCCAUCUGAGACAGGGUGUUAUUCCCCUGAUAAAUAUGAGCACAAAAAUGGGGAGUGCUGGCUGAAAUAUGCAGAAAAGCCUAAACAGAAUUUCAAGGACAAGUAUUCUGAAUCUUAUAGAAACUCGCACCCAAAAGCACCAGUUAUCGUUCCAUGGGUCUCUGGUGUUACUGCUUAAUCGGGUUUUCAACAAAUUGGCAUCGAGUCUAAAGACUGUAUAAACAGGGAGUUAAGAACUGAUACUUUGUUGUGAUAUACCCGCAUGAAGCUGGCUGGACUGAAAUCACUUGGCAUGCAGUUCUCUAUAUCAGUUCAUGCCUUCACCAUUUUCUUCUUCUUUCUUCUUUUGGUGGUUGUCUUGGGGGAACUCCGGGAUGUUUUGGUAAUGGGAGAUUCUUUGAAGUUGGGAAGUCCAGCGCUAAUGGGAGGGGCUUUUUAAUUAGUUAGACACGCAAAAGAUGUUCCAUUGUUGUUGCUCAUGGAUGUAAUUUGAAAUAUUGUAUCAUUAUAUUUCAUCAUUAUAUUUGGGACUGUCAGGUUAUACUCACCAUUCUGUUGUUGUUACAACCAAGAUCAUCGGUUUUUUAUGUGCAUUUUUGUGGUUUCCAGAAACA